UUCCCAUGCUCCCUUCCUUGAGCUUUCCCAUCCCCCCCUCGCGGCUGCGCGGAGCCCUCCGGCUUCACGUGCCCCGCGCUCACUCCGGCGCCGCCCUGGGCCCGGCCCAGUCCCUGCGGCAGGCCCCGCCCCUCUCCUCCCUCCGCCCCGCCCCCUUCCCGGGUCUGGGCAGGCCGCUCCCGCCGCCAUUUUGGAGCGAGCGAGCGAGCCUGUGGUGGCCGAGCCCUCAGCCCCGGCGCUCGGUGACCGCGCAGCCCGGCCGGGGAGCGAGUCGCUGCCAGGCCCGGGGACGUGUCCCAUGUCCGCGGCCUUGCCGGCCUCUGCAGCCCAGGGAGCAGCGGAGCGGAGCCUCGGGCCCGCCGCCGCCGCCGGGGAAGGCCGGGCCCGGAGCAGGAAAAAGAGACUGGAGCGAAACUUCACAUUGAAAGAAAGGUGUUUUCUUUUUUUAAAGAUGAAUACACCCCAGGAACUGUAACCCAAAUGUUUCUCUGUCUGUGGAGAAGAUUUCAUUUUUGAAACGAUUUCUACGGAAGCUGGGUGUGUUCCAUCAUCAUGUUCUGGAAGUUUGAUUUGAACACAACAUCACAUGUGGACAAGCUGCUGGAUAAGGAGGAUGUGACACUGCACGAGCUGAUGGAUGAAGAUGACAUCCUACAGGAGUGCAAGGCACAGAACCGCAAACUGCUGGACUUUAUCUGCCAGCAGCACUGCAUGGAGGAGCUGGUUAGCCUCAUCACACAUGAGCCCCCUGUGGACAUGGAUGAGAAGGUCCGCUUCAAAUACCCGAAUACAGCCUGUGAACUCCUGACCUCCGAUGUGCCACAGAUCAAUGACAAGCUAGGAGGGGAUGAAACUUUAUUGAAUAUCCUGUAUGACUUCUUGGAUCAUGAGCCACCUUUGAACCCUUUGCUUGCCAGUUUCUUCAGCAAGACUAUUGGGAAUCUCAUUGCAAGAAAAACUGAACAGGUGGUUGCAUUUUUGAGAAGAAAAGACCAAUUUAUUAGCCUGGUACUAAAGCAUAUUGAUACAUCUGCAAUGAUGGACCUGCUGCUUCGUCUGAUCAGCUGCGUGGAACCAGCACCUCUACGGCAGGAAGUAUUAAACUGGCUUAAUGAAGCAAAAGUAAUUCAGAGACUUGUGGCGCUGAUCCAUUCGAGCCAGGAUGAGGAUAGGCAAUCAAAUGCUUCCCAGACCUUGUGUGAUAUCAUAAGACUGAGCAGAGACCAGGGAAACCAGCUACAGGAGAUAUCUGAGCCUGACCCGCUUCUCACAGCACUGGAAUCGCAGGAAUGCGUGGAGCAGCUUUUGAAAAACAUGUUUGAUGGAGACCAGACUGAAAACUGCAUAGUGAAUGGAACUCAGAUUUUAUUAACGUUAUUGGAGACAAGGCGCUCUGGAGUGGAGGGACUGAUGGACUCAUUCUCUCAGGGAUUUGAAAGGUCUUACACUGUCAAUAGCAGCAUCUUACAUGGUAUUGAACCACGGCUAAAGGAUUUUCACCACCUUCUACUCAAUCCCCCCAAGAAAACGUCAAUCCUGACUACAAUUGGUGUCUUGGAGGAGCCAUUGGGGAAUGCUCGUCUUCAUGGAGCUCGACUAAUAGCUGCUCUGCUUCACACAAACACUCCCAGUAUUAACUAUGAACUAUGCAGACUCAAUACCAUGGAUUUAUUACUUGACUUAUUUUUUAAAUACACAUGGAAUAACUUUUUGCACUUCCAAGUGGAACUGUGCAUAGCAGCUAUUCUCUCGCACUCUGUGCAUGAAGGGAAAUCAGCAACAAAUGACCUGGAUAAUAAAGAGGAGGUGCUGAAUGGGAAUGUGACCACAGAUAACUUGAAGACUUCAGACCACAGUCCAGAGAAUAUUAUGGUGACACAUCUGUUCCAGGGGUGCUGCCUGUUGCAGAGGAUACUGGAUGCCUGGGAAGUCAAUGACAAAAUACAGGCAGAAGGUGGAAUGAGGCGAGGGAAUAUGGGCCACCUUACCCGAAUAGCCAAUGCUGUGGUACAGAAUAUGGAGAAGGGCCCCAUGCAGACCCAGACCAGUGAAUUCAUUAAAGAGCUACCUGAGGAUUGCAGAGGGAGGUGGGAGAGCUUUGUAGAAGAGACGCUGAGAGAGACCAACCGGAAGAAUACAGUGGAUUUGGUGAGCACCCACCAUCUGCAUUCUUCCAGUGAGGAUGAGGACAUCGAGAGCGCCUUCCCCAAUGAACUCUCCCUCCAACAGGCAUUCUCAGAGUACCAAAUCCAACAGAUGACAGCCAACUUUGUGGAUCAGUUUGGCUUCAAUGACGAAGAGUUUGCAGACCAGGAUGACAAUAUCAAUGCACCUUUUGACCGGAUUGCAGAGAUAAACUUCAACAUAGAUGCGGAUGAUGACAGUCCAAAUGCAUCCCUCUUUGAGGCCUGCUGCAAUGAACGGAUACAACAGUUUGAUGAUAAAGAGGAGGAGGAAGAUAUCUGGGAGGAGAAGGAAAUAACCUAUGCAACCCAAGUCAAAUCAAGAACACGGUUUGGAGUAUCUCAGACCUCAGAAAGUUCCUCAAAAAGUGAUCUAGAGAAUGGGGAUCAUGAUGGCAGUGUGGACUCAGAAGAAGAGGAGGAACCAGAAGAACAAACAACACCUCUCACUGAGAACACCAACAAGAAUAAUCCUUCUGAGCAGAAAGACUCUGACUCUACUGAAGGAUCUGGGUGGACAGCUGUGUUUGAGACAGUGAAUUCAAAACCCCCAGCACCCUGUGUGGCCAUGGAUGUUGGAUCAAGUGUAUGGGAUUCAGCAGCACCAGAGACAGCCACUCCUGAGGAAAAAGGAUGGGCAAAAUUUACAGACUUUCAACCUUUUUGUUGCUCAGAAUCAGGUCCCAGAUGUAGUUCUCCUGUUGAUACAGAAAGCAGUGACUCAGAGGGAAACCCCAAGCAGGGUCAGGACAAGAACUUCAGCACCGCCUCACCCUGUGUUUGGAAUGUCUGUGUGGCAAGGAAGGCACCACUGGUGGCUUCAGACAGCAGCUCAUCUGGAGGCUCAGACAGUGAGGAAGAGGAGGAUAAAGCUGAUAUCGUCACAGAAACCAUCAGUACAGGUUCAGGCCAGGAAACCAUCAAACUCACCAUGGAUGCUAAGAACGAGAAGGCUGUGUUCACCAGAAUAUUUAGACCUUCAGUCAGAGGUGAUGCUGACUGCCUGGUUAUUGACAAGCUGACCAUCACCGACAUGGGAACGACAAAGGUGUCCAAACCACUAAGGAGCAUGCCCCAGCGUUCUGAGGAGCUCCAGAAUGCUGCAGCUGUCGGCAUGGCUGCCACAGAAAGCACAACAAAAGACAGGAAAGAGGAGGUCUUGCCAUGUGCUGAAGCCACGUUAAAUGGCCCUGCUUGAUGAAACAAAUGCAAUGGGACUUGUCUGAUCCAGGCCAGGAUGCUACCUGGUGAUGCAAUUUGUCAGUUUUUUUCAUUUUAAUUUUAUUUUUUAAUAAAUGCUGCAUUGAUGAGAGCUGGCAUUCAGGACCAGACACACGAUUUCAGCACCAACAAUCUGUUCCGGAAGACACUUGUAUUGUCUACAUGUAGCAUUGAUCAGUUAGUCAUCACAGGAGUGACUCAGUCCUGCCCAAGGAAGCCUUCUGCCUAAUUUUAGUAUCUUGUCCCCCUCCCUCUUCUUCCCUUGUUUUUGUUUUCUCUUUGGGGUUCAAUCCUAUUUUCUUAGUGUUAUUGCACACAGUAUUCAGCUUCUCUUCAGAAAGGUAGCAGGUCUAACGCUGGGACUUGGACGGUGCACAAUAAGUCCUGCAGUCGUGUGACCAAAGUUCCUGAUGGAGCUGUCUUUGGGCAGCAUUUGCACCGCUUUUGUAUAGCAAUAAAGCCUUAUCAGAAACAUUUCAUAGGAGGUAAAGAUAAGACAAACACUUUAAAUGGGAUGAGGCAGGGAGGGCUGGGGAUUUUUUUUUGCGGGGCCGGGAGGGGGUGAAAGGGAAGACAAUGACAUUGUGUCCCAAGCCAGAGGCCAGAUAGCAGAGUUAGUGUAACACUGAACUGCCUUGAGCAGUGGGCUGUCUCUGCAUUCCAGUGAGUUGCACAGUGCUCUGUUUCUGGGGCGUGACAGUUCACUGCAGGAUCUUGGAACAUUUAGCAACUGGUUAUUUCCGUCCACGCCAUCAGAACUCAACCCUAUGGAUGUCGUCGUCCUACGUUGGGCUGGAGAGCGUGCAAAGACAGUAGCAUGUCGUGUUUGCCAUCUGAGAGGACAGUCACCCCAGGACUGCUGCCACGCAGGGACAGGAGCUGAUGUGGCGCAAACAGGUUAUCAGGUGCUUGCUGGCUUUUUGGAGACUAAUGUAUUUUCACAUUGAUAUGGAAAUCUUUUUGUUCUGUUUUUAAAGUUUUUAAUGGAUGCAGGAACAGCAACACUUUUGCACUUUGUACCUAGUGACAGCAUUGGAGAAUGAUGUGGCCCCAGCACAGGACUCCUGCUGUUACGCCCCAUUUAGACGGUUGUGGAGGGGACUGGGGAGGCACACUGCUCCCAGGAACUGUGAGGUAGAACAGUGCAGAGAAAAGGACGAUACCUAGAACUGCCCGGGAGCAAGGUCAUGUAAGGUUGUGUACUUGACCCUGGAACAAAGGAGCCUCUGCAUAAGCGUGAAGUACCCAGCCUGUGCUGGCCUCAGCAAUGAGCUUGUUCCCAGCCUGGACUUGUGCCCUAGGUCAUACGGGUGUAGAAGAUGGGACACUUUUAGUACUGGGCUCAGGGUCGUAACAGCAGACUGCCGUAAGCUCUGCUCAGUCUAUACCCCUGUAGGCUUUAGACACAGAGCUGGGCUUGCUUUUGUGUGUAAGCUGUGUGUUGAAACCCGCCUGGUCACAUUUGAAACGCCGCUUAUUUUACUAGUCCAAGAUCUAAGCUGGAAAAUCAUUCACUUUGGAAUAAAAGCAUGAGGCUUGGCACAUAGAUAGCCAACUUAUUUUCAGCUGUAUUCUCAUCUGUGCGAAUCUGAAGGCCUUCGCCUUGUGAGUAUGAAAAAUAGCUCUGACACAGAUCUGUUAUCGUGAGCCAAAGCACCCCACCCGUAUUUCAGUUUGGUUUUUUAAACAUUUUAUUUUGAAAUGCAUGAUGUGGAGGUACAUUAUGCUGCAUAUUAAAUGUUGUUAAAAGUAAUAUUGGUAUAGAAAAGUGAAGAAUGAAAUGUUCCCCCUUGUCCCAGCAAAACAGACCGACUCGGUAUCAGUAUCUGGAAGUGAGGUGCCCACAACACAAGGCGCUCAUUUAUUUGUCCAAAGAUACACAUUUUGGUUUGUUCGUAGGGUAGACUGAGGAUUGCCUUUAUUGUCAUAUCAGAAAUGAAGUCCAGAGCACAGGAAGUAAAAUGAAAUUACACUCAGCAGCCCUGUGUACUUGCGAGUUGUUGUUGGGGCAAUUUCUUGCAGCUGAUACAGCUGUGUUGUCUCCCAACUGCAGUUACUUUGGUAAGCAAAUGCUUUCCACGGCCAUUGUUCCAGAGGCCCUCUCUCCCUCCUUCAUGCAAUUGAAAAGAAAUAAUUGAAAGAUGCAUUGCGCCGGGAGGGAAGCCUCACGCUCACUGUUGAUUGCUCCCCAGGCUGUUCAGAAGCCAGUUUCACUUCACAGCCAAGAUUUUCAAAAACAAUUACAUGAUUAGUAACUUUGAGUGCCCAGUUAGAGACGUCUUAGCGGAGUCUGAUUUUCAGAGAGUUGAGGUUCAGCAGUUUAUAAACAUCAGGCCUCUUUAAGAUCCCUUAAGUUGGGCACUCAAAAAAUUAACUGUGUCAAAGCAGAAAUGUUGUUAACCAAAUACAACGGAACUGCAGCUCAUUCCAGCAGUUACUUGAAAUCCAUGGUUGGGUGUGUCAGCCCCAUUAAGUACCUGGCGAGGCCAAUAGCUUGUUCCCAAUCUCUUCUCAGUUGCAGUUCUUGGCCUCCAGGGGCUGCAUUUCCAGCUGGUAUAGUUCUGUGACUAAGUGCAGCCUGCUUGGGAUCUCAUUGAGAGGAGAAGGGGAAAUGUCCGUAGGAAUCUGGUCUUUCUCUUGGCUUGAUGCCAUUUCAGCCACUGCAAUAAGGUGAGUUGCAUCAAGUCUGCAGUGUGUUAGUAGCAGAUUUUAACCUUUUAUGUUUCAUGUUCAUUAGCUUUGAGCAUUGACUUCAGGUGAAAGCUUUAAAAUUUUGUUUAAAACAUAUCCAAUAAGCAGCUCUAAAUGGCCCAGAAUAUGUUAGGAGUGAGCCCCAACCUUCACUGCACAGUGUGAAUUUGGAGGGACUCUAUCUGAAAAGACAAUAGUGAACUUGGUCUCUUGUGCCUAAUUAGUGAUUAGGCAUCUUAUAAAUAGUUAGAUAAACUUGUAGAAAUGCCCAAGAUUUCUUGCUUUUAAGACAGUGAAUGAUUCCUCCAUAUUCUGGGGUUUAGGUUCUGAAUUAUACCUCAUUGGCUCCACAGCAUUGUCCUUCCUAUCAGCCAGUGGACUGAGAUGGAAAGUAGCUUUUAUAUGUUUUCACCCUUAGUAUCUUGGAGGUUGUAACUUAGCACAGAACCUGUCAGGUGGCGGUGUCCCUGCCUGACCCAAAUGAUUUUAUUAGUAAGCUACGCACAAAACUCUGGUUGUCUGUAUAUUGAACUCCCUGCUAUCUAAAGUCACGUACAGUAUGUAUAAAUUAAGGUUGCUUUGUCUCCAGUUCAUGUGGCAUGCAGUUUUUCCAUUUGGUCCUCGUUGCUAUCUGAACUUUCUUCCUACAAUCUAGUGCUCUUGUUGUGUGGCAGUCCGGACAUUUGAUUGUUGUACUGUAUUCGGAUGACCUUUCGUGGUUAUUUUCUUUUAACGGUUCACAAUGACUUGAUAGGCAAUUGAGUUAACCCUUUCCUAGGCCGUGCUAUGCCUUGUGCAAUCUCCCAGUUGCAGCUAAGAUGUUUCCGUUGUUUACGAUGACGGAUUGGGAUUGACUUUGACCAUUGGAGGUGUUCUUCGUCGGACGUAUGCUAUACAUCUUGGUCCUUCCAUAGGGAAAGCAAUGUAUCCUGGGGAGGAAUUGUUGCACAAGGUUGGAAGCAAGGCAUAUUCUCUACCAAAGAUGGAUUUAUUUGCACCCAGCUGUAUCCUUCAAAAAUAAUUUUAGACUGGGGCAAAAUUAUGAUCAGAUCGUGAUCGGAAAGCAAUGAAGACUGAACAGGAACUAUAUUCAGCUCUCUCCUUCCUCAUCUACGUGCAGUAUUUAAAUCUGAUCAUAUCUAUAUGGUAUGUAUAAUUUUUUUAGUUUUGAGUGAGUGUGUGUGUGUGUAUAUAUAUACUGAUGUGUGUAUAUAAAUAGCAUAAUACAGAUUUUUAUAUAUAUAUAUAUAUGUAUGUUUAUAUACACACACAAUUGGAAAUUGUAUGAAACUUAGUGAAAUGGAGACUCAAUGCACAAAGACCUUGAUUUACAUAUGUAUGUACAGGUACAUGUAAAACUCCAAGCCAUGCACAGCCGUAUUUGUUGGUUAAGACUGAGGCUGAUAGAGCAUAGCUUGUGGUGGGAAAAUCUGUCGUAUAUAUUCUAGUUUAAUAAUUUUACCCAGGAGGGCAUUGAAAUAAAUGGAUUACAAAAGUGCAUUGGCUGCAAAAUGACUGAUUUGUAUCAUUGCUUGUGACAUCAGUGCUGCUGUACAAUACUUUAUCUGCCAAUGUGCUUUUGUACUGAACAGGCGGAGGAGUUGGUUGCACACUUCAUAGAGAAACGUAUACAAAUCACCUGUCGUUAAAAAGUUCUUAUGUUGUAAUGACAUCUCACCUUGAAACUGGUAGGACUGUGAAAAAAUCCUUCAUUCUUUCAGGCAUCAUAAUACGAUCUCUGGACUUUUGGUGAGUCCUGUCUUGUGAUGUCAGUUGAUCAUUAUCAAGUGUGUACAACCACUCUGUUGAAAACCAGGGUAUAUUACAUUUGCAAAAAAAUUAAAUAUGUGAAAGGCAAAUCUAUGGUAAUUGCUGUCAGGCCAUCCCAUUGUAGAGAUAUAUCAGAGAUAACUGGUUAGGGGGCAUGGGAACUUGCAAACUCAAGUUGUUGUGUUAGAAUCUUUUGCCUUGCUUUUGUGUAGACCUGUUUGUCUGAAUUCUCUUUCACGUUGAUCUGUUCAGGAUUUGGAGAAUGUAGGGACUGCUGUUAGCAGGGAGACCUAUUCUUACAGAUUGAAUGGGACUUGGAAUUGCUUUCUCAGGUGUGAAUUCCCCUGCUGCUAACGUAAAAGAAUGGUUCACUUCAAAAUUGUACCACCGUAAAAACAAAGGAUACUUGAACCAAGGAUAUUUGGUUUUGUUCAGCACGGCCGUCUGGAAAGCACAUGAAAAGCUGGUGAAGUUUUUUCUUUACUCUGGCUUGUUUGAACACCCAGCUGAUGGCAGUCAUCUCAGUCAAAAUGUUUGGGACACAGGUGUAAAAUUUGUGGGCCGGGGGAGAGGAAAAGGAGAGCUGAGGCCUGAAGUUGAAAUUGUAAAGGUGGCAGUACAGUUUGCCCCCAUUAUCUGCUGGUGUCUGAAAAUGAGGUUCAUCAAGAUGGCCGGCCAGCUGUAAUUGAAAGCUUCAUCUAGCUUAUUUAACAGGUUGUACCUGGCCAGAAGUUCUGGCAAUUGAUAGCUAUCCAUGGGCUGCUCACUGACAUCUACUCCAGAAUGGUUUUCCUAUGUUUCUUUCUAAUGUUUCACUUUCCCUCUAGUUCCCCUGGGCAGAAGCCUCUUGAUUUCCUUCUGCCUUUUUAGAAGUUGGAGCCUUUGUUGCUAGCACAGUGCUCUGAUGUGUGGUUUCAGGAUCCACAGCCCUCUGCAGGGAUAUCACAGAUUUUGCUUCCCUUCCUCAUAUUGUUCAACUUCCCUUGCAUUUUUAACUCCUCUCCCUUUGUACUUUUAAUUAUGGCUCCAUCUUCCAGGACGAUGAGCCACUUCUACUCCAGCCGUAAUCACGUUUAAAUGAAAGCAUCCCCAUUUCCCUCACUUGUCCAGCAGUUCUGACAGAGAAACAAUUGCGUUACAGCAGAAUCGACAGUGGUUAAGGUGCAUGGUGGAUUGUCAGUGUUGAUGUGUUAAAAGAGGGGGCCCAGUGGAAGUGGAGGCAGAACAAGUCUUCAUUGCUUUGUGUAUUCUGAUAGUCAGACAUGCAGCUCAGUGUCACGUGAGACUCGUGGAGUACUUGUUGUUUCAGUUUAAUUUUAAGAAAAAAUACAGCAGCUCAUCUUGUAAUUUUUAACCAUUGUUCCAAAGAAUAGGUUUCCUUCUCCUGUUGAUCUUCCCAUAACAGUGACCUCACUCUGAACGGCUGAACUAUGUUCCAAUCAGUUGAUUUAGUCUCUAGCUAUUAAGAUAGAUUUUGCUGUGAUUUUUUUUUAAAAGUGUCUAUAAAACAAAAUGAAACCUGGUGUUCACAACGGUUUGUUGGUGUUUGUUUUCCCCAGCAUCAGUUCUCUAUGAAAUCCUAAUCAAGCACUUCAUUAUUGUUCCAAAAACAUGUUUUUUCUGGUUAUAGGCUCUCACAGGGCAAGUGUACUGCACAGAUUUAUUCUUUCACCAGGGCCAGCUUUAAAAUAAAAUAUUUUGGUUGGGUUCUCUCCCCAGAGUGAAAGUUAAUUUCUUAAGUAACCUUUUACCAGGGGAGGAGGGCUUUUAAUAGGGGGAUGUGUUGCAAAGGUUGUGUCUCACGUUUGUCUGCUAUUUAGAGGAUACAGUACAGACUCCCCGGGUUACACAAACCCGACUUAGGCAAAUCCGCAUUUACAGGAAAAAGUUCCGUAAGCUAGAAAUAGGAGGGUUGGGUUUUUUUGCGUAAUGGUCAGAGAUAUGUUUCCGACUUACACAAAAUUCGAGUUACGCAAGGCAUUCUGGAACGGAACGCUUGCGUGAGUUGGGGAACGUGUGUAUAGGUAUUUCUUGCCAUGGUGCGGUACAGUGCCACUCUAACCCCUAUAGUGUUCGAGUAUGUUUAAAGAAAAGGAGUUCCUGUGGCACCUUAGAGACUAACAAAUUUAUUUGAGCAUAAGCUUUUGUGAGCUACAGCUCACUUCAUUGGAUGCACCCAUGAAUGCAUCCGUUGAAGUGAGCUGUAGCUCACGAAAGCUUAUGCUCAAAUAAAUUGGUUAGUCUCUAAGGUGCCACAAGUCCUCCUUUUCUUUUUGCGGAUACAGACUAACACGGCUGCUACUCUGAAACCUGUGAGUAUGUUUAGACAUUACAGGCUAAAUUUUCUUAUAACAAGUGGACAAUUAUCACACUCCUGGGUUGAAAAUACUAUGUUUUUCUGAACAAAUAGCAGAGGGCCAUUUCUGUGGGGUUUUUUCCCGCAAGAAACCAUGCACAGUCUGCUGGAAACAGCUGAAGAAGAGAGAGAGAGGUGAACUCGGGGGGGGGUUAAUACACAUUAGUAUAGUCUAAUCUAAGGGUUUACUGCUACUAAUUGGUUUAAGUGGGGUCAAAUGACAGAAAAGCUUACCCACAACAUGGUCAAUAGCCUAAAAACCAAGUUGGUGACCCCAUAAUGCUUUUCCAAAACGCUUUAUUGUGUUGAUGUUCCUAGGAAAGUGCAUUUCACAUUAUUGGUAGUUUCUGUCCUCUUGGUGAAGGUAGGAUCGCUUCUUCCUUUUCCAGGGAUGGCCUUCUCUGAGCCUCAGCACUUGCAUGGUUUCCCUAAUCAACUUGUAAAGGGAUUUUUUAAAAACCAUGUUACUCAAGCUGCCUAGUAAUCGAUAGCCUGGUUUGGUAACAUGGCUACAGGUAGGUUGGGAAGGAUUUAGACAAUAAUUAGUAAAGGUUCAUAACAGGGCGCUGGAGCGGAGUCCGGAACUGGAGCGCGGAGCAGCUCCGGAGCAGUGGAGCUGCAGGUUUUUGCCUGGAGCCGGAGCGCAGCUCCAAAGCCCUGGUUCAUAAUUCCCUUGGUCUGACUGCUCAGUGAUCAGGUAACAUCCAUGGCGUUUCCCCAGCUCUGUCUGACCAAAAGGUUGCAACCCUUUGGUUCAAAAAUGGACCUUGCUCAUAUGAUUCAUGCCUUUGCCACCUUGAGAUAAUACUGGUGCAGAGGACUCUGCGUGGGGCUACACCUUCCGUUGAUUCAGAAACAGGCUAGUGCAGAACACAGCCACUCUUUGUUACCAGCACAUGAUGACAGUGCUCUGUGAUCUGCACUGGACUGGCUGCCUGCUAAUUUCCAAGUGGGAUUUAAGCUCUUUGGUCUGACUGGUAAAGCCUUAGCUGGCUUGGAACCUACCUACCUGAGAAGCCCACCUCUCUCCCUUGUGUGGGGAUACCAUUGUUGAGACCGGCAGAGACACUCAAGCUGGAGUCUCUCUUGCUGUUGCCAGGGCAUUCUCUGUAGAGGUCACUUGAUAUUGGUACUUACUUGCAUACCACUGGUCCAAACCAGUGUGAAUCUGUUGGGAUCUACAGCAUGCUAUGAAGUUUCACCUGCUUUCCACAGGCUUUGGGUCAUUCAAUAUAAGUUUUACAGGAUGGGGUAAGACUGCUGAUUUGUGGACAUCAUUUUAAGAAAUACAUUUCUGGUGCAUGUAAAAGGCACUUAGAGCACAGAGAGGGGGGCAUUUGUAUUCUAUUAUAAAAGUAAUCAUACACAUAAAAUUGUUAAUUUCUCCCUUUGCCCAAAAGAACCCCUCAAAAAAGAAUUUCCAUGGUUAACUGAAAUUUACAGCGGGGGAAAGUAACACAGUGCAACAUUGCUGGAGGACUAAGGGUCCAGCAUAAUGUGCAUUGAGGAAGAGUAGAAAUUCAAAGGCAGGUUACUUCCUUGGGGCAUGAUGGUCCAUUCGGUGCACAUGUUUGCUUACUCUAAGAAAGUGAUGCUUGUAAGUGAAAAACUUGCAAAUAUAUUUUAAUUAUGAAUCUUCUCAAUUUUUCAACUUCUGCAGUUACUAAAUUUAAAUUAACUUUGAGUAAACCCCAUCUUAUGUCAACAUUCAUAACUAGCACUCAGACUUUUCUAAGCCUCCCUGUGCCAGGUAAAUUCCAGUCUCCAUUUAUCAGGAAAACCAUGUCAACACUGGCUUCAUUGCGGAUGGUGUCUUAAUCGAAAACCAGAAUGGUGCUGUGAGAGUGAUUUUGUGUAGCCCUUAGAUACCUCUUAGAAGGAUCUAUGCAUGGGUGUCACAGGUUUUUAAAUUUAAAUUGAGCAGAAGUUUCUAAGAAGACUUUUUUCAAAACGGGCAGGGCCCAAUCCAACUCUCAUUGAUUUUAUAGUGACUAAAGUUUCUGACUUUUUAUGGGGGAAACUGGAGUUGUGGGUUGAGAGAGAGAGAGAGAUUUUCACUAGGAUCUGGCCUCCACCUGCAGCUUCAGGCAGAAUGCCUACCAAUAUGACAUUUCCUAGUAAACCCCAGUAGAUACAAUAUCACAUACUUAAACACACACUUUCUCUGAUAAAGUGAGUCACAAAAAUAAGCUGUUUGACUGGCUCCCGGUUGUGCAGUUACCAUAUUAUGGCCAUUUAGGCUAGAACUCAUUUACCUCAUUACUGGAAGGGCAGUGUGUUAAUAAGCCUGACCUAAAAGUAAAAACCUCCCAAUCAAUUUUAUAAAAGAAUUGAAUUAUAUUUUAGAAUGACCUUUUUUAAAUGGACUAUAAAAAUGCCGGAAAACAAGCAUUUUUGUAAAAUGUAUUUUUAUAUUUGCUCAGGGGAGAGGAUUUUUCCUGAAAUAGUACGGCUUUUUGUAAAGGGCAGGGUCUCCCUCAGCUGUUUUUAAUUUGACAGUUGUGUGCAUGUAAAUGAUCAAAAACAUUUUUCAUGUGGUUCUAAUGAUUGAGUAGAACUUUUUAAAGAUUCUGGUAAUCAUAAUAAUUAGUUUGUAUUAGUGCAUUCCCCACUUUGUUGGGUUUUAGGUAAUUGUGUUUCAUGCAUCAAGACAGUCUGUUGCCAGGUAUUAGGAAAAUUUCUCCUAAAUUAGACCACUAAUGGAUUCAAACUUGGGAUAUAACUAAAUCACAUCAAAUGUUAAUAAAACUUGAACAGAAUUUAAAAUCAUGAUUAUUUGUAUAGUUAAAUUGGUGACCCCCUGCGAAUACUUCAGUUGAGUUUUGAACAUAGGUCCUCAACCUGCAAACAUUUAAUUUAGUUCAAGUCUACUCACAUCAGUGAAGUUAUACCCAUAUUUAAAUGUUUGCAGAUCAGGGCCAUAGGAAGUACCAGGAAAAUAGAGAGGACUUUAACUUAAGAUAUAUAUUAGACAAAAUAUAAGUAGGUCCCCAUGGGCCUCUGAUGUUUUCUUUUAUACAGUAUGUACUGAUCACUUCUCUGUGUGAGUACUAUUAUGUACUCGGAGUUAUUUUUAAAGUGACCACCAUGUUUCUCUGAUGCUACAAGCCCUGGGUCUGCAGCCUCAGUAUUCAAUGGUGGUUUUAUAAAGUGAUAAUGAUCCCGCCCUAAGAUUUUAACCCUUUAAGUGCCCAUCUCAUUUUUGUGGUAAGGUUUAAAUACCGAACUGUGACUGGGGCCUGGCAUAUAUUUAAAACUUAGAUUGACAAAGCUACAGGCCUCAGGGGUAUGUGAAAAGUCCACGCUCCUGAGUGCUGUUGGUAUGCCGACCUGCAGCCCCAGCGUAGAUGUGGUUAGGGUGAGGGAAGAAUGCUUCUGUCAAUGUAACUACCCUCGCUCAGGGAGGUGGAGUCACUAUCGCAAAGGAAGAACCCCCUCCGUUGCUGGAGUGUGUGUCUACACACAGGAUUACAGGGGCUUAGCUGCAGCACCAUAGUCAUGCCACUGUAACCCCGUCGUGCAGAGCAGCUCUGACUUGCCAGGGCAGUGUCACCACCAAAGCAGGACAUCCUCAUGCAGUACAUCACCCCUUCUUUUCUGAACUGAGGCCAACUGGUGUAGUUUUCCAAGUUUUGUUUCUGAUAUGUUGGUAGAUGAGCCCACCUCCAGUGCAGUGUACACUCUGCUGCCUCUUCCUGCACAUCUCACCAGUCACCGCACAAGAGUCCCCAAUUAUUGUACUCAAAGCUUUAACAGGCAAAAAGACCAAGAUGGCUUUGACUGUCAGUUGUCACAGCAUCUCCUCUGAGGCCUCCUUCAUUAUCUGUGCCACAUCAACUCAAAUCAGAAUUAAUAAUAGCAUUGAAAUUGCCCUAGAGAUGCAUCGAUCUGUUUAAUUUAGCACACAUUGUUAUUCAUCCCUAAACCAUUAACACCAAGAGAACUAAUAAUUACCUUGUGCUAUAAAUUUAUGUAGAAUGAUGACCAUGGCAUAUUAACGACACACAUCUGCAUAUUGUAGGAAAAAAGCCAGAGUGAGCCUAGCAUUUGCAUGGUGAACAUAUUUUAUUUGCACCGUGUAGUACUCAGUGUUUUAGUAAACAUCAUUGUAAAUUUUAAUAGUUAAGAUAUUGUGCAGUUUCUGGAAAUGAUUUGGAAAAAGAAAUAUUAGCUACUACUUUUACUCCUAAGAGAACAAACGUUACAAAAAGUCUUGAAAUGGCACUUUUCUAGAUUAGACAUUAGACAUGGAAAGUCCCUGUUAGGUCAUCUUGUUCAUUCAGCAAGGCUGUUCUCUACAGUAUGUUUUCCCAGUAUUGCUUUGCCCAAUCAAGUUUAAAAUGUUCCAGGCUGUGGGUUUCCACCACUUCCUUUAAGAGACUGUUCCACAUGUAACAGAUUUCCAUUUUCUAAUACAUUAAUUUUCCAUUUAUUUCAUCCCAUCACUCCUACUUAUUUCCUUUGGCAGCAUGCUAAAUACUUCCUCUCUCCCCAAAGAGAGAUCUAGUCUGGAAUGCCUACCUAGAAAGUGAAAACAACAAGGAGUCCUUGUGGCACCUUAGAGACUAACAAAUUUAUUUGGGCAUAAGCUUUCAUGGGCUAGAACCCACGUCAUCAGAUGCAUGGAGUGAAAAAUACAGUAGGGAGGUAUAAAUACACAGCACAUGAAAAGAUGGGAGUUGCCUUACCAAGUGGAGGGGGGUCAGUGCUAACGAGAUCAAUUCAAUCAGGGUGGAUGUGGCCCAUUCCCAACUGUUGACAAGAAGGGGUGAAUAUCAACAGAGGGAAAAUUACUUUUUGUAGUGCUAACGAGGCCAAUUUUAGAUAACUAGAAAGUGUCACUGUACUGACCUUCAGAUAUCCAUUAAUCUGAUAGCCUGAAUACAAAUUUGGAAUUAUUUGAGUUUUUGGUGGUGGUGUUGUGACUUCAGUUUGCCCAUCUGUUCUGUCUGAGAGUGGGUCUGAAGUAAAUGUUAAUCUGCCCCUGUUGUGACAUAAACCCACCAUAAUAAUUUUUCUGAGACAGGAAAGGGGGGCGGGAAGAGAGGGGAUGAAGCCACCUGCUCCAUGUGAGUAAAUACUAUGUGUUUCUUGUAUCUAAACAUUAACAAAAAUCCACUUGCAAAACUAUUCACCUAAUUCAGAAAGUAUUUUUCUACUCACAUGUUUCUUGAAAUCUCCUAUUGAUUUUUGGAAAAACCUGAGAGGUCUGGAUAGCCGCCCUACCCAUUGUGUAGCAUCUUGGCUCCUUCAAGGAGGAGAUGCAGUGUUCAUGCAUUGCAGGAUAACGCUCCAGGACAUCGAAGGAAAGGAAUGCUUUCCUUUUUCAGUGGAGUCUUAUCCCACCCCCAUGCAGCUGACCGCUUUAGUGCCUUGAAAGGAAUCGAUAGUCUGGCUGUCCACAGAUCCAGACUAACAUGUUAGCAACAACGUCCCUGCCAUAUAACUCCCCUCCCCCCCAUGCCUUUAUUUUAUAUAAAAGGAUUGAUUUCAUCUCCAUCCUGGCCUUGGCACCAACCUGUUUCUACUUACACAGAUGUCCAGAAAGAGAGGAAAAAAAGAUCCCGGACAAUAAUAAAAAGAAAAAUAGCCCCAUGGGUGUCCCAUGAGUGCCUUAUCCCCAUACAAGGCUCAGCCCCUCCACACUGACUUGUUACUCUACUCAUGGUGUCAUACCUGAAAUUAGCUCGUCAGCUCCUCAGGGCGGGGAUCUUGUCUUUCUACCAAGGGUUGCAAAAUGGGCUAGGAGAGCCACAACCAUCUUCCCAUCUUCAUGGCUAAACGUGAGGGCUGUGCCAAUGUAGGGUCAUGAUAUUGAAAUGGUUGAGAACCACUGAUGUAAAAUAAUAAACCUCAUCAAUACAUGGAGAAUUAGGGAACAGGGAGACAUUUCUAAAGGUCUGAGUCACUCACUGCUGCUCACAAUUCUUUGUGAGUGAUCCUAAGAACUUUUACAAUGAAAGUGAGACGUAGUGGCACACAGAGAACCCAGAACACUGUUUCUGCAUAGCAAGACAUUGAGGAGUGACUCUCUGUAUGUAGAAGGGUGGUGGAUAGCUCCUGCUACUUGUGAGUACAAGUGAUAAGGAGGGAGAACCAGGUCCUUCUGAAGGGUAAAAAAAUCAUGUAAUGUGCUUAGAUGCCAUAGCGACUAGACCUUUAAAAAUACAUAUAAUGAAAGGUGCAUUUCACCUGCAUACUGUAAUUACUGCAAAUCCUGCUUAACUGUCAUUAAUCUGCAGAAUUUUUUACCCGUAUACUCAAAACUGAAAAUUAAAUAGUGCUCGUUUCAACGCUUAAAACUGAUGAAAGGUGAUUUAAAACUCAUGCCUAAGAAAAUGAAUGAUCAUAGCUUUGCCUUUAGCUGUAAUAAUAUUUAAAUAUUUAAUGAUGAUUAAUUUAACAUUUAAAUUAAAAUAACAUUCAAUUGCCAGUAUGGAAUUAAAUAUUUUUCCACUUAUCAAACAUUCCUCCUCUGCAUCUUGCUUCUGGGAGGUCAGAAUCAGAUCCACUGGUAAGGCCUGUGCACCUGUUUUAUUUCCUAACGUUUUCUUCUGUCUUUAACCACAGCAGAACACCAACAUUAUUGAACAUUAAUGGAAAAGUACAAAGAUCCUGUUUAAAUUACUCUGAACUUUACACUCAAAAGCAAAGUCUGACACAAGUCACAAGGCCCGACCCUGCAAUUUGAUCCGUCGUCUAUGGAUCUGUAUUCCCACGAGAAAUGCCAUUUAUAGCAUGAAGGCUCCUGACAGAAGCACAAAUCAGAUUUCAAGAUGGGGGUCACCAUGAAGUAUAAUUGUUGUAGAUUACUGAAUGUUCCUGCUUGUUCCUAAUACAAAUAUACAAGAUGUAAACAUGUAAUGUAUUAACAAAACAAUUCUAACCAGAAUCUUUAUCUUCACGUUAUUUUAGCACAUGACAUUAGCAUUAUCUAUAAAAUUACUUCAUUAUGAUUUGUAUCACAGUAGCGCCCAGAGGCUGCAUUGACCUGUGUACUGUACAAACACAUUUUAAAAGACAUGCCUUUGCCCAAUUCCAGCGCUGCUGAAAAAAUUACCUUGUCAACAUGCAGACAAGUGAACAUUGAAUAUAACACAAAAUAAACAUUACUGAGGGCACUGAAAUAUGUCACCCGGUCCUGUCCCUGCAGUAGUUCUAAGUGCUAGGAUCUGGUCCUUGAUAAUUAACAAACCAUUACCGUAGAUUCAGAAUUAGACAUCACUUGCAGCAAAAUAGUGACUCCCUCCCCUCCCUCUGUGUCACAUACCUUCCCACCCCACCUCCUGUGGCCACCAACCUUGAAUGAACACAUCUGCAGCCCCUCUCUGAUAUGUGCAGCCUGGCUCUUGGUUACGUGAGAAGGAAGGUGCUUGCUAUCACAACUGUAGGGUACCUCCAUGCAUAGUCCCACACUGAAUGUAGAAUGCCAGUGAACCCGCUGCAUCCUUGUAAGGUGACACCAGGGGCUAGGUUCUGUCUGUAGAACUGUAGAGAGCAGUAGGCCCCGAUGGUGUAUUUACAUUAGAACUGAAGGCCUGUAGAGUGCAUGCGUCUAUUUCAACGCUCUUAAUUGCAUACGAUGUUUCAUAUAAUAAAUACAUGAUCAGCUCUUAAAAUUGGGCUUCCAAAGCCAGUGGUUGAAGUACGUUUUCACUGGAAUAGGCUGAGAUCUAAAUGUGAUUUUUGUAGUUCCAUUCCAAAGAAUUUAUUGUAUGGGGAAACCAGACUCUGAAAAUUACAUCCUCAGUGGCACUGCAGUGAUGGUGGGAGAGUGCUGGUGUGUGUAUGGGUGUGUGGGUAUGUGUGUGUGUGAGAGAGAGUGAGUGUGAAGGAUCGCUAAUUACAAAUUUGUAAAUAAUAUUUAAUCAAGUUUCCCCAUUUUUAGUAUUUUUUUUUAUCGUGAGAGUGUCGAACAUCAAAGAAAAUGGAUGUUUUAAUACAAUGAAGUUGUCGGGGUUUUAAGAAGGAAACUCAUUUCUAUGCCCAGUAAUUUUGGUAAUGAAAAUACAGAUCUAGAGGAAAGAAAAUAGUUUAAUUUCUUCAAUGUCUUAAAUAUUUGAAUACAUCUUCACAACUCUCCAAAUGAUCCAUUCUCCUAAGAUCUUGCAGACAGUCAUGCCCAGAAAAGGAAAGAAAAGUGCCGUUUACUAGCUAGCUGGUGAGAUCAGGCUGUAUAAUGCUGUCAGGUAUGUUAAUAGGCUCGGUGGUGGCAGCUCUGGCUAAGGUAUGAGAUGGGGGCUCUAUGCGAUAGCUUACACGGGGGAAAGAAUUAAACAUUUUAAGGAAAUGCUGACCUAGAUGAGUUGUUUGUGGCUUUCUGUGGUGUGCUAGCGAUGUUAGUUUCAGAUGGAGCUCUUAAGUGUCAGUUAUUAAUGUAUAUAGGGAUUAUUUAUAUUUUUUAAACUUGGUUCUACAACCUACACUUAAAAGAACUGCCAGAUUUUCAUGACAGUUCCUACUUGGGUUUUUUCUCACACACACACACACACAUGAUCAGAGGUACAGAAAGAAACACAGAGGUACUAACACACCCAGCUGUGAAGGGGCAGGAAUGUCUUUUUGACUCAGCAGAAUACUAGGUGUCUAAACACACUCCUGUAGAGUUGGGGUGGGAUAAAUAACUAUUCCUAAGGGUUAGUCAAUCCAAGAGGCAACAUCCUUAUUUUCCUGCCACAUUACACCCCUUUCGACCACCUUCUCCAGGAAAGUGAAGUUGUAUUAAAGGGAUAUUAUCAGGUUGAAAAACUAAGCGUACUUAGCAGUAUUCACAUCUUAGAUCAUUGUAACUGAAAUUUUUUUUAAAAAAUCCAGCUCAUUUUUCUCAUCGAUUCUGUGUGUUCACUUUUGGCUUUUCUCAGCUUGGUUGAUGAAAAUAAGCUUUUCAGUUUCAUUUUGGUUUCUGAUUGGUUUUGUGGUUUGGUGUUCAUCUACUAACUGACGGCUGCAGUUUGGGGGUUGCCGGUAUUUAAAUCCAAACGAGCUGUUUCCAUUGAAAUAUAAAAAGCUGCAGAAACAUUUCUCUUGGGCUGAAGUUUUGUAAAACUGUUCUAACAUCCCGAAUGUUGGAGCUAAAUCAACUGGACAGCGCCUCUUUACCAGGGCAGCAUCACGUUCCUUUUUAUAAACGUUGGCAUCCGUACGUUGAGGCAGAAAAUACCCGUGAUUCCAGUGAAAUGUUCCCUACACUAGGGUGUAUCUGCUCAGGCACACAGAGGAGCUCCCUCCUUCAGGCCAUGAUAUUAUUAGUGAAGAGACACUUAGUUCUUUAUGACACAUCAGUUAGCUCACAGCUGGCAUAAUUAAAGCAAUUUGAAUAGCUGAUCUCUCCUAACUGCUUAAUUUUUUGAACAGUGUUUGCCUCACGCAGUGAAACUUCUGAGUUACUUCUGUGGGGGGCGCUUCGUACCCUCCUCACGUUCUCUUUUCCGCCCGUGUAGCAGCUAGGGAACAGUUUAGACAUUAGGCUACUGGAAGUGCUUGGCUUUGCGGGCUGACAGCACGCUGUCUACCAGAGAUCUGUCUACACUAGGGAAUCCAGUGUCAUUGCAAGAUGAAAUACUUGAAAUGCGGGUUAAAAACCAUCGUUUUCCUGAAGGAAACUGUUUGAUUUCAGCUAUAACUGGAAAGGUGUAAUCCUUGCUGAAAUGCCAUUGAGGUUCUGUAGUCAUUGGCUAAUUUCGCAAAGCCAUCAGUCGCAGAGAGAGCUGUGCUGGGACCUAGGGGCUGACUGCUCCUGCAGCCUGGUACAGCUGCGCUCUGGGUGGAUGUGCGGGGCGGUUCUAGAAGGCCCAGCGUAGUGAGGUUGGCUGCAUUGGUUCUGCUUCUGCAGAGCCGAGCCGGUUUCACCACGAAACAACGCCUUGUGCUAGUGGAGAUGGGUCUUUGGUGGGUAGUUGCUGAUUUUAAAAGGGAAACUGAGACAGCCCCCUUUCCCGUCCUUAUCACCGUUGGCAGCUGACAACGCUCGAGUUCUGUGUUCGUGACGCGUGGGUGUUGAGCUGUUUCUGUCUCCAUAAGGGUAUGUGAAAAAAGUCCCUUUAAAUACCCUGGGAGAACUCUGCUAGCUCCUGCCAUGGAAACAGAGUGGACAGGGCUUUGAUGUAUUGAUUUAGGGCCAGAUUUUCAGACCAGCUCAGCAUCCAGCAUGCACAGCUCUUCUGAAAACCGUGUCACGUGCGCGGGUGUCUACAGAGGAGCUGAAUUCGUCUGAAACCCUGCCCCCCGUGCACUGGGGCCAGAGCUUGUUCGUGAGAUGUCACCACCUCCUGCAGAUGGACUAGAAGUCAGGACUAGGAGGAUGAGUCUGCAUAAAAAUGAACCCACCCUAAAAUGCCACCGUUCUCUCUGAGACACACUCCAAAUAGCAAUAAAAUGCUUGCCUGCAGAGAGGAGGAGCUGGGAGAAUAGCAAGCUGAGGUAAUUGGUACAGGCUGGGUUAAGGGUCCCUUCACCAGUGACUCAGAGGGAGGGCUCAGUUACUGGGGAUACCCAGCUCAUUUUUAAUUUCAAGUGGCCUUUCCUCUAUUUGGGGGAGGGGGCGGCAAAGGGAGGGGUCUGAUGUGUGCGGAUUAAAUUAGUGCAAUGAUUUAGGGGGGAGCCUUUUCGUUUCUCAUGAUGCCUACUGCCCUUAAAUGUUGAAACUGGGUCUGUGUAAGCAAUGUUUGUGUAUUUAUGUGUAUAUCUGAGGUACAAAGUUUUAAAAUGACUGCCUUUUCCUCCCUGCUGUUUUUCUGAGUAAUUCCGGGUGUACUGUCAUCUCUCUACUGUCAAAACUUUUAUAUUGUAAAACUGAUGCUGGUGGGUUUUGGUUAUUUUGUUUGGGGGUUUUUUUGGUAAAAAAAGAAAACAAGAAAAAACCACGUCUGCAUCUCUCUCUGUUGUCAGUUUUAGGUUGUAAAUUCCAACUAUCAAUAAAAACUCAAAAGUCUCA